UCGUAAGAGGAGAAGGAGGGUUAUAAGGAGGGGGUCCGGAGCCAUGGGAUCUGCCUGAGACAGAACGAGCCGGAGCGGACUGAGGGGAGGGUGGGGGGACGCACGGCCGGGAAGAACAUGGGAGCUCCGCUGGGAGCGGUGCUCGUGCUCUCGUGCUGCCUGCUCUUGGUUGGCGGGUCUCCUUUAUUGCUUUUCGCAAACCGCCGAGACGUCCGACUGGUUGAUGCAGUGGGAGCAAAGUUGGAUUCGGUGGUGGUGGUGAGCGGCUUGGAGGAUGCAGCGGCCGUGGAUUUCUUUUACUCUCAAGGACUCAUUUACUGGACAGAUGUUAGUGAGGAAUCGAUAAAAGAAAUUACAUAUAACCAGAGCGGGAGCUCACAGCGGGUCAUCAUCUCGGGCCUGGUCUCUCCGGAUGGCCUGGCUUGCGACUGGAUUGGAAAGAAACUUUAUUGGACGGACUCUGAAACAAACCGGAUAGAGGUAGCGAACCUCAAUGGCACUUACAGAAAAGUCUUGUUUUGGCAAGAUCUGGAUCAGCCCAGGGCCAUAGCAUUGGAUCCAGCACAUGGAUACAUGUAUUGGACUGACUGGGGAGAAACCCCAAGAAUUGAACGUGCUGGAAUGGAUGGAAGCACACGCAAAAUCAUAGUGGACUCAGAUAUUUAUUGGCCCAAUGGGCUAACAAUUGACCUGGAUGAACAGAAACUUUACUGGGCAGAUGCUAAACUGAGUUUUAUUCACAGAGCCAAUUUGGAUGGUUCUUUUAGGCAGAAGGUUGUCGAAGGAAGCCUCACACAUCCAUUUGCGUUAACGCUGGCAGGAGAUACAUUGUAUUGGACUGACUGGCAGACUCGCUCCAUCCAUGCCUGCAACAAGCGUACAGGAGAAAAAAGAAGGGAAAUUCUUAACGCGCUUUACUCUCCUAUGGACAUACAAGUGUUCAGUCAGGAACGGCAGCCACAUUUCCAAACGUCAUGUGAUAACAAUAAUGGAGGAUGCUCUCAUCUCUGCCUAUUGUCACCAAGAGACCCAUUUUACAGCUGUGCCUGUCCGACUGGGGUACAGCUGAUGGAAGAUGGGAAAUCCUGCAAAAUAGGAGCCGAUGAUGUCUUACUGCUUGCAAGAAGGACCGAUCUACGAAGGAUCUCCUUGGACAUGCCAGACUUUACUGACAUUGUUCUCCAGAUCGAUGAUAUAAGACAUGCCAUUGCUAUCGACUAUGACCCUGUGGAAGGAUACAUCUAUUGGACUGAUGAUGAGGUUAAAGCAAUUCGUCGUGCUUAUCUGGAUGGUUCUGGGGCGCAGACAUUGGUAACGACUGAGGUGCAGCAUCCAGAUGGAAUAGCAGUAGACUGGAUUGCCCGAAACCUUUACUGGACAGACACUGGCACUGACCGUAUUGAAGUAACUCGCCUUAAUGGAACAUCCAGGAAAAUCUUAUUGUCUGAAAACUUGGAUGAACCACGGGCCAUUGUAUUAAAUCCACUGACUGGUUACAUGUACUGGACAGAUUGGGGACAGAGGCCAAAGAUUGAGUCUGCUUAUUUAGAUGGAUCGGAGAGGACUGUUCUUGUCAAUUCAUCCUUGGGUUGGCCUAAUGGAUUGGCUCUGGAUCUUCAAGAGGGCAAACUCUACUGGGGGGAUGCAAAGACGGACAAAAUAGAGGUAAUGAAUGUGGAUGGAACUAUGCGCAAGACCCUCAUCGAAGACAAGCUGCCCCACAUAUUUGGUUUUACUCUGCUUGGAGAUUACAUCUAUUGGACAGACUGGCAAAGAAGAAGCAUUGAAAGAGUUCACAAAGUGAGGGCAAGUCGGGAAAUAAUCAUCGAUCAGCUGCCAGAUUUAAUGGGGCUAAAGGCAGCCAGCGUAACCAAUACUUUUGGCACCAACCCUUGUGCUGAUCACAAUGGAGGCUGCAGUCACUAUUGUUUCUUCACUCCUCGUGGCAUACGAUGUUCCUGCCCAAUGGGACUAGAGUUGCUGAGUGACAUGAAAACCUGCAUCAUUCCUGAGGCCUUCUUGGUUUUCACAAGCAGGGCAGCAAUUCAUAGGAUCUCCUUAGAAACCAACAAUAAUAACGUUGCCAUUCCACUCACUGGUGUUAAAGAGGCAUCUGCUUUGGAUUUUGAUGUGUCCGAUAAUAGGAUCUAUUGGACUGAUAUUACACUUAAGACCAUAAGCAGAGCAUUUAUGAAUGGAAGCUCUGUAGAACAUGUGAUUGAGUUUGGCCUCGACUACCCAGAGGGAAUGGCCGUUGACUGGAUGGGAAAGAAUCUUUAUUGGGCCGACACUGGUACCAAUCGUAUAGAAGUGUCUCGUCUCGAUGGACAGUUCAGACAGGUUCUAGUGUGGAAAGAUCUCGACAACCCAAGAUCUCUUGCAUUGGAUCCAGCGCAGGGUUUCAUGUACUGGACCGAAUGGGGAGGAAAGCCCAGGAUUGUUCGCGCCUACAUGGAUGGGACCAACAUAAUCACUUUGGUGGAUAAACUGGGCCGCGCCAAUGAUCUGACCAUUGACUACACUGACCAAAGACUUUAUUGGACAGACCUGGAUACGAACAUGAUCCAGUCAUCCAACAUGCUAGGCCAAGACCGAGAGAUUAUUGCCGAUGACCUUCCUCACCCCUUUGGACUUACCCAGUACAGUGACUAUAUCUACUGGACAGACUGGAACCUGCACAGCAUCGAAAGGGCAGACAAAGCAAACGGCAAGAACCGUACAUUGAUCCAAGGCCGCUUGGACUUUGUUAUGGACAUUCUGGUAUUUCACUCCUCCCGGCAGGACGGCUCCAACGAAUGUAUGCAAAACAAUGGACUCUGCAGUCAGCUCUGCCUGGCUGUGCCAAAUGGAUACAGAUGUAGCUGCUCCUCUCAUUACACUCUGGACUCCAACCACAGGAACUGCAGCUUGCCGUCCAGCUUCCUUCUAUUUAGCCAGAAAACGGCGAUCAAUCGAAUGUUAGUAGAUGAACAGCAGAGUCCAGACAUCAUCCUUCCUAUCCACGGCCUUAGAAAUGUCAAAGCCAUUGCUUAUGACCCUCUAGAUAAACUAAUCUACUGGGUGGAUGGCCGGCAGAAUAUCAUUAAAAGGGUUAAAGAUGAUGGAACACAGCCUCUUGUGUUAGUAUCUACUCCAAACCAGAGCCAAACACUUGAAAAGCAGCCGCAUGAUUUAAGCAUAGACCUGUACAGCCGCACCUUGUACUGGACUUGUGAGGCCACCAACAGCAUCAAUGUUAACAGGAUUACGGGAGAAUAUAUUGGCACUGUUCUGCGUGGAGAACAUGACAAACCAAGAGCCAUUGCUUUGAAUGCAGAACGAGGAUACAUGUACUUCACAAACAUGCAAGAAAGAUCCCCAAAGAUCGAGCGUGCAGCCCUAGAUGGGACAGAGCGAGAAGUUCUCUUCACCACUGGACUAAUCCGACCCGUUGCUCUGGUUGUCGACAACAAGUUGGGGAAACUGUUUUGGGUGGAUGCAGACUUGAAACGUAUUGAGAGCUCAGACUUAUCUGGAGCCAAUAGAAUAACUCUGGAAGAUUCAAACAUCCUUCAACCCAUGGGGCUCUCCGUCCUGGGCGAUCAUCUGUACUGGAUUGACCGACAACAGCAGAUGAUUGAAAGAGUGGAUAAGACAAAUGGCUUCCGAAGGACAAGAAUUCAAGGCCGCAUCGCCCACCUUACUGGAAUUCAUGCUGUGGAAGCCCUUGAUAUGAAGGAGUUCUCUGCACAUCCAUGUUCAAGAGAUAAUGGGGGCUGUUCCCAUAUCUGCAUUGCCAAAGGAGAUGGCACCCCUCGAUGUUCCUGUCCGGUGCACCUAGUCCUCUUACAAAACCUGUUGACGUGUGGAGAGCCCCCAACUUGCUCUCCAGAGCAGUUUACAUGUGCCACCGGGGAGAUCGAUUGUAUUCCCCUGUCCUGGCGUUGUGAUGGAUUCUCAGAAUGUGAGGAUAAGAGCGACGAGGAGAACUGCCCUCUAUGUUCUGAUAAUCAGUUCCAGUGCGAGAAAGGACAGUGUAUCGAUGCCCGUAAGAAGUGCGAUGGCGAGUACGAUUGUCAAGACAAGUCUGAUGAGCUGGACUGUGAAGCAAUCUGCCCAUCGAAUCAGUUUCGCUGUGACAAUGGCCAAUGUGUCACGACAAAGCAGCAGUGCGACUCCUUCCUGGACUGUGGUGACAACUCGGAUGAUAUCAUGUGUGAACUGAAUAGGUCCCCAUCUGAAGAAACUCCUUCGCAUAACAGUGCAAUACUACCAGUGAUUGGCAUCAUUUUGUCUGUCUUUGUGUUCGGCGGAGUAUAUUUUGUAUGCCAGAGGGUUGUGUGUCAAAGAUACACUGGACCAAAUGGACCGUUUCCACAUGAGUACAUUAGUGGAACUCCUCAUGUUCCUCUCAACUUCAUUACUACUAGAAGUUCCCAGCCUGGCACCUACUCAGGUAUACCUUGCGGGAAGCAAAUGAUCAGUUCCAUGAGUAUCAUAGGGGGCGGUAGUAGUGGAGCUCCGCUUUAUGACCGGAAUCAUGUGACCGGUGCUUCUUCCAGUAGCUCCUCUAGUACCAAAGCCACCCUCUACCCACAGAUAUUAAACCCACCACCAUCACCAGCUACGGAUCGUUCCUUGUACAAUACUGAAGUGUUUUACUCUUCUAAUAGUCCAUCCACUACCAGAUCUUACAGGCCUUACCUUAUACGAGGUAUUGCUCCUCCAACAACGCCAUGCAGCACAGAUGUUUGUGACAGCGACUAUACUACAAGCAGAUGGAAAGCUAAUAAAUAUUACAUGGAUUUAAAUUCUGAUUCAGACCCAUACCCUCCUCCGCCCACUCCUAGGAGUCAAUACAUGUCGGCUGAGGAGAGCUGUCCCCCAUCCCCAACAACAGAAAGAAGCUACUUCCACCUUUACCCCCCACCCCCCUCACCCUGUACAGACUCUUCAUGAUCCAAACUGAAGGAACCUGCCCUCCAAAAUUGUAAAUAGUUUUAAAUAUGAACGAAAGAACAAAUAUAUAAAUAUAUAUAUAUUUUAAGAUUUUAAAGAUAAUUUGGAUUGAUGUUUUUUUUUUUAAGAAAAAAAUGAAAAUAAAAAAAAAAUCAACUGUGAAUAUAAUGGGUCUGGGAGGGACUGUGAAAAAUGUACAGCGGAAAAAUAUUUAUAUAUAUAUAUAUAUUUUUUUUGUAUUUAACUGUCAUGCAUCUUAUACGAUCUACAAUAUGAAUUGUAUCUUUUCAGAAGACAUUCAUUUUCCUAACUGGUGCUAAACUCUUUCAUGAUUGAAAAACUGAUACGUUUUGUGCAUCACCAAAAUUUGUGAAAAAACAUUCUAUUGGAACAGAGCCAAACUUAUACACAAUCCCUGGUAUAAAAAAAAUUUGGGCUUAAAAAAUGCAAGUAUGCAAAUAUAUUUAAAUUUAGUGUUUUUAUAGAGUAUGUUGGUAUAAGCAAAAAAAGAGAUCAGCAUUGAGGCGCCUUGUGUAUUAUCACUUGGACCCUUGGGGGUGUAAAAGGGUGAAGGGCACAAGAAGCCCAUAGGCAAUGGCCGCUCACCUGGAGCAAGUGAUAAGCAACUUGCGUAUCAACCCACACGAAGUAGGUUACAUUAAUGUAGAAACAGUUGUUUAGCCAGAUUCCCAGGAAAUGGAAACCAGUCAGGAUGUGUGGGAUAAAGGCGUGCAAAAAAAAAGACCAAAAUAGCUUUAAUAAACCUUUCCAGUGUUUUGAGCACCUACAUCUCUGGUCUGAUUUGUUGGAUUCUCUGAAAUGGCAGCGUUUUCACUUGGGUCUUUUUCUGCACGCCUUCUUUUUUUAUAGAAUAGAAAAUCAUAAAAACUGGAGACCCUGUCCAAAUAUUUUGGGGAGAUGUGGACGUAUCAUUAGAUUGUCACCAAUCCGACUCUUAUAGCUUAGACUGCAUUUACACCACGAUAGGGGCAGACCGCAACCGGAUCUGGGAAUUUUAUAACCGCCUUCUGCUGGACCCUUACCAUAGUCCAGAAAUUUCAAUAAGAGGAUCAAAGUCGGCUAUAGACUCCAGUUGACUCAUUUUCCCACCGUAUUGAGUUUUAGAACUGGACUUAAAAGUACAGCCGACCACGGUAUUCAGUCGGAACGGCUUAUAUUUUUUUUAACAUUGUAUAGAGUCUAUUGCUGAUUCCGGUCGCCAGGGAUAUGCCAGGAGGCGCUUUUGAAAUUCCACUCUGAUCCGGCUGCCAUAUUCCCCAUUCAUGGUCUCAAUGCAGCCUUAUCAAGCUAGCAAUUUUGCAUCAAAGUGUAGUGAUUUGGAAAAAAUAAUGAAUGUGGCUAAAAGUUUAACCCAGGCAUCUAAAUGAACAAGAAAUCCCAAAGAUGUGUAUGCCAGUAAACAAUUCAGUUUAGGUACAAAGAAUAAGUGCAUUUCACUUCUUUCAUAGAAAAGACCUUCCCCUCCCCGACACAUGCGUCCGCUCUCAUGUCUCAUUUAUAAGACGUGAUAAGAUGAAGUAUCUGUAUCACCACCCACACCCCUACGGUCACUGUAGGCUGUUUAGAGAGAUGUCAGUAGAGCAGGCAAUACACCUUUAAUAGCUGUAGGCAGGACAAUCAUUUAACCAACAGCUAAUACACAAACGCCUGACCGAGAACAGGAAAUCAAACCUGCCCAAUCCAGGACACACCCAUAAAUGUUAAACAAUUGGUGGAUCUCACCAUCUUUUCUCUAUUUUUUAUUUUUUUUUCUGAUGUCAUUUUGCAGUUUCCCCCACUCCUUCCCCGUCACUCAAACAGAAAGUUAAACUUUUGCCAGGCCUCAAAUAUUGAUGCUAGUCCUUAUAGUCUGGCUGUAGCAAGUGUUUAAUGUCAUGGCAUGUUUAACCCUUUUCACCUCCAAGGAUGUAUGUGAUACGUUUUGAACAUCGUGAAUGAAUUGUAAUUAAAUCUUCUGAAAAUGACAAUUUGUUUAAUUCAUGUUUGACACGAUUGACAAUAGAUGAUGGAACAUCCGUGUUCUUCAGCCCUCCUCUUCCUCUAUGCACAUGUCGCAGAGCACGCCUAAAAAUUCUCCCUUAUAAAUUUCUACUGUCUGUGAGGCUGCUAAAAAGCAAAAUCUAUCGAUUCUAAGCUAGAACAUUGUAUUAUCUCGUAGGAAAAAAAUUAAAUAUUUACAAAGCACAUCAUAUCAGGUGUUCCUUCUAUUUGCAGUUCACUUCUAAAGUAGGAAAAUGUGCAUAACAUUUUUUAGUUUUUCCUUCUUUCUGUUCAAAAGCUUUAGAAUUUGCCUCAGAAAACUCAUUGAUGGCAUAUGACUAUGAUACUUCAGCAAUGUCCGAUAACACUGGGUCCAACUAUUGUGAUCCCUGCUGAUCAAUAGAAUGAUGAGAUAUUUGCUUUGAGUAUAGUGCCACGUUGUCUCCUUUUAGGUAUUGACAUUUCUUCUGGCGAUCAGCUGAGAUUCAUCACGUUGAAUUUGAAAUCAGUGGCAUUCUAGUGAUGUAAGAGGAAGGUGUUCUACUCAGACAAUGAAUGAUCCCCCAAAUGUUAGGUCUUAUCUUUAAUGUUUCAAUAAAUUGAGUUUGUUUUUAAAGAAAUGUUCCUAUCUCCUACAAUGUCUCUCUCUUAUUCAGCCCGGAGACCUCUUCACACACAUGCCUGUAGCUACUGUCAUGGCCGUAAAUGUUGGCACUCCUGAAAUUUUUCAAGAAAAUGAAGUAUUUCUCACAGAAAAUGAUUGCAGUAACAUAUGUUUUGCUAUACACAUGUUUAUUCCCUUUGUGUUUAUUGGAACUAAACCAAAAAAGGGAGGAAAAUAAAACUAAUUGGACAUAGUGUCACACCACUCUCCAAAAAUGGGCUGGACAAAAUUAUUGGCACCCUUAACUUAAUAUUUGGUUGCACACCCUUUGGAAAAAAAUAACUGAAAUCAGUCGCUUCCUAUAACCAUCAAUAAGCUUCUUACACCUUAGUCGGAAUGUUGGACCACUCUUUCUUUGGAAACUGCUCCAGGUCUCUUAUUGGAAGGCGCCUUUUCCCAACAGCAAUUUUAAGAUCUCUCCACAAGAGUUCAAUGGAAUUUGAAUCUAGACUCAUUGCAGGCCACUUCAGGCCUCUCCAGCGCUUUGUUGCUAUCCAUUUCUGGGUGCUUUUUGACGUAUGUUUGGGGUCAUUGUCCUGCUGCUGAAAGACCCAAGAUCUUGGACGCAAACCCAGCUUUCUGACACUGGGCUGUACAGUGCUACCCAAAAUCCAUUGGUAAUCCUCAGAUUUCAUGAUGCCUUGCACACAUUAAAGGCACCCAGUGCCAGAGGCAGCAAGACAACCUAAAAAACAUCAUUGAACCUCCACUAUAUUUCACGGUCUUUGUCUCAUCUGUCCACAAGACGUUUUCCCAGAAGGAUUUUAGCUUACUCAAGUUCAUUUUAGCAAAAUGUAGUCUUUUUUUGUGUCUGUGUCAGCAGUGGGGUCCUCCUGGGACUCCUGCCAUAGCGUUUCAUUUCAUUUAAAUGUUGAUGGAUAGUUCGCGCUGACACUGAUGCUCCCUGAGCCUGCAGGAGAGCUUGAAUAUCUUUUGGAACUUGUUUGGGGCUGCUUAUCCACCAUCCGGACUAUACUGCGUUGACACCUUUUCAUCAAUUUUUCUCUUCCAUCCACGCCCAGGGAGAUUAUCAAGACGUUUGCAACCCAUGGCACUGUAGCUAAUGUUGCGCACUGUGGCCAAAGGCAAAUUUGGAUCACUGGAGAUGGACUUGUAACCUUGAGAGUGCUGAUAUUUUCCACAAUUUUGGUUCUCAAGUCCUCAAACAGUUCUUCUCCUCUUUCUGUUGUCCAUGCUUAGUGUGGCACACACAGACAUACAAUGCAAAGACUAAGUGAACUUCUAUUUAUCUGCUUUUAGUUGUAAUAUUUUUUAUAUUUCCCAAACCUGUUACUUGCCCCAGGUGAGUUUUAAGGAGCAUCACAUGCCUAAAACAAUCUUAUUUUUCCACAAUUUUGAAAGGGUGCCAAUAAUUUUGUCUACCCCAAUUUUGGUGUGACAUUCUGUCCAAUUAGCUUUUUCCUCCCUUAUAUGUAUAGCAAAACAUGUGUUACUGCAAUCCUUUUCUAGCAGGGGGGGGUGAGAAAAAAACAGACGGCGCUCUGAUCUGACUUGACGAAGAGAGGAAUCCCCUCUCGAAAUGCGUUGUCCAGCCUGCCAAGACAAUUGUCAAAGCCUUUUUGUUGCCUCUGUACAAUCCGCACUUUGGUAAAUAAAAACCGUUUUUCACAAAUCAACUGCCUGCGUCUAAUUCUUCAACCUCCCGGUGCAGCGCCACUCCCGCAAAUUUGGACAACCCCCACCAGGGACUUCCGCAACUAUCCUCUUGCAAUCCUUUUCUGUGGGAAAUACUUCAUUUUCUAGAAAAAAUUCAGGGGUGCCAACAUUUACAGCCAAGGAGGGUCUACUGUGUAGGGAGAGACUGAUGCGAUUUUAACGCUAAAUCCCAUUAAUUCUCUGGAUCAGAGAGGUUCCCAAAAAUUAUUUCCCAGGCCAUCCGUUAUCAUUGGAUGACAUAUCCUAGCAAUAUGCCAUUACUUUAAGAUAUAGAAUAUUUAAAUAAAGACAAAAAUCAAUGGCUUAGCACUCAAUUCCAGAACAAAUGUGCAAAAUUUGUGUCAUGUGACACAAUAAAUUUUGCACAUUUGUUCUGGAAUUUGGAGUGCUGCGCCAUUGAUUUUUGCGGAUAUCUAUUGGGACUCUGAUCAGGUGGAGGGAGCUGGCACCCAGCACAUGGGAUUGACAAGUAAUGCUGCAAACUGUUUUUAGUUAACGUUAAAUAUAGAUUUUCAUAUCAAAAGCAAAAUUAUUGUACUGGACAUGUUUUUUUUUUUUUUUUUUCUUUUUGUUAAGAGGACUUGUGAACUCUCCUGACUUGUCUGUUUUAGUAUAGACUUACAUUCUCUGAAAUGCUUUUGGAAAUCUUGUUAGCCAUAGUCCUUUGUGCCAUUCAUCUGUGCCAUUCAUCUGCAAAUGAAAGACUAAAUUGUCAACUGGGUGUUUCUCUACAUUGUCUAGAGCUGUCAUCUUUGAUUGGGUAGGUUUAGACAAUGUAGGGACACCCCCCAACUGGUAACACCCAGUUGACAAUUUAGUCAUGCCUUUCUAGUGAGAAUAACAGGUAUGACACAACACUGAUAUAAUACAUUAAGUGUACAGGCAGCACAUGUUGGAUACCUAACCAGUCAUAAGAUUUACCACUAACCCUUCCCUACAUCCUCAUCCUUCCUCUGGUUGAACAUGGACGUGUAUUUUUUGUUUCAACCAUACUAUGUAACUGUUAGGUCUUGGAGAUGUAGCUUCAGUGCAGCUUUCUAUUUACCAAGUGUCUAUGUUGUAUUGCUAUGUAACACUUCUUAUGGCACUUCCUAAUAUGUAUGAUUUGUAUAGUAAAAUGCAACAUUUCACUGAUAUAUUGAGAUUAAAAUAAUUUAUUUUGAUUG